AUGGCCCUCACACCCUGGGAACAAACCGCAGCAACCAAACGGCAAUCCGUCCUCGCCGCCAUCCCCGAGAAAUGGCGCAUCAAGGGCCCCAUCCCCUCUCCGACAGAGCAGCGCGACGUAACAGGCCCCUACAUCCAGCAGUUCCUAUCUCCGCGCGAGAUUGAAAUCACCGAAACAGAUGCCGUAGGAAUCACAGAGCGCACCACAACGGGUCAGUGGACGGCUGUGGAGAUUACCGAGGCGUUCUGCCAUCGCGCAGCGUUGGCGCAUCAACUUGUAUACUGCCUACACGAGAUCUUCUUCGACGCCGCGCUCGAAACUGCCCGUGUGCUCGACGAUCACUACACCAAAACUGGAAAACCACUCGGUCCUCUCCAUGGCCUGCCCGUCAGUCUGAAGGAUCAAUUCCAUGUAAAGGGCGUGGAAACGACAAUGGGUUACGUCGGAUGGAUCAACACCUUCCAAGGCAAGACGGAUGAUCCGCGCUAUCUCAUUCACGAAAGUGAGCUCGUUAAAGAGCUCCGCGCUGCCGGGGCAGUACUUUAUUGCAAGACCAGCGUCCCCAUGACGUUGAUGUCAGGUGAAACUAUGAACAAUAUCAUAACCUACACGCAUAACCCCAAGAACAGACUCCUCAGUUCCGGGGGUAGUUCUGGAGGUGAAGGAGCGCUGAUUGCUUUGCGGGGGUCACCGGCAGGAUUUGGUACGGACAUCGGAGGGAGUAUCCGUGUUCCUGCGUCGUUUAACGGACUGUAUGGGAUACGGCCGUCAGUGGGGAGAAUGCCGUAUGAGGGAGCGGCUAACUCUGGAGAUGGACAGAAUACAGUGUUGUCGGUUGUAGGGCCGUUGUCUUCGUCGGCGAGAGGGUUGGUCCUGUUGUUCAAGACGGUAUUAGGGGCGAAGCCGUGGCUAGGAGACCCCGGUGUGUUGGAGAUCCCUUGGAGGGAGGAUAUCGUAGAAGAGACGAGGAAGCUGGUGCAGGGACAGCCAGGGGGGCUAGCCUUUGGGAUCUUUUACGAUGAUGGGCUGGUAAAACCGCAGCCACCAGUUGAAAGGGCCAUGCGCAUCGCUGCAGAGACGAUCAAGAGUCUAGGACACAAGCUCAUCGACUGGCAACCCCCCUCUCACCAAACAGCCGCCUCCAUCGCAAACCGCGCCUACAACCUCGACGGCGGCGCCGACGUCCUCCAAAACUUCGCCCUAUCGAACGAAACAAUCCACACCUCCGUAGUAAUCGACAUCUCGGGAUCCCCACAAAAGACCGCACUCGAGAUCGCCGCCCUAAACGUCGAGAAGCGCGAAUACCAGAAACAGUACCUCGACUACUGGAACAGCACGGCGCAAGUCACAGGGACUGGCCGGCCCGUCGACGCGGUCAUUUGUCCGGUGGCGCCGCAUGCGGCGUGCAUUCCGGGCAAGUAUGCGACGAUCGGGUAUACGGCGUUUAUUAAUGUGUUGGAUUAUACGAGUGCCGUUGUGCCGGUGACGUGUGCUGAUCGGGGGGUGGAUGUUUUGGGGACGGAGGGGAGGGAGUAUUUUGGGGAAUUGGAUAGGAGGACGGAGGGGGAGUACGAUGCGGAUGUGUUUGAUGGGGCGCCGGCUGGGAUUCAGCUCUUUGGAAGACGGCUUCAGGAGGAGAAGAUUCUGGUUCUGGCCGAGUAUCUUGGUGAGGAAAUUAGGAAGGCUAGUGCUUGA